CUGGAAAGAAGUACUGUACGCCAUGUUUACAUUGCAAUCGUACGCUACCACUCCAGUAGCGAAAAAGACAAAGAAAUGACUCAAAUCAUUUUUGAGCCACUCCUCUGGUAAAAUCUUCUCUGAAUCUUCAUAUUGAGUAACUUAAAACGACCCAUGUUUAGUCACCGAAGUAUCAAGCCUGAUACUACAAACAUACUGCAUACGUUCGUGGCAAAUGCUCCCAAGGUAUAAGUAGCAAACAGUCUUAUUAUAUGGGGCCAAUAAUGGAUUGAGCGAUUCUAUACAACUACUACGGCCCUUCCUCCUCAAAAUAGGUUUACUUCGCAUAUUUCGCCAUUUUAAAUUUGCCCUUGUGUGUUGUAGCACCUUGUUUAUCGACUGCUAUCGCAACAUAUCUUCUCAGUCCCUCGCUAUGAGUUUCUAAUGAUAACGUGACGCAUCCAAAUUUAAUGCCACUCAUGGCGCAAUUUCGCAUGACUCAUACGCGAUACAAUGAAUUUUAGUUCACGAUCAAAACAUGUCACUUUCCUCGUUUAGUAAGUCUAAUCCUGUUCCCUGUGAACACGUACGGUUAAAGUCAUUAACAUUUUCUUUUUUCGAGGAAACCAGUCGUUUCAUAGAUAUACCCCAGUUCCAAGAAUGGUCGACACUGGAACUUUGGGACGUUGUGCGACGUUGAUACCCCUGGUGUAAACAAGGAACAAGCCAACGUUUUGAAAUUAAUUCCUCAUUCUCUAAAAUGUCUUGCAAGGAGUCGACGGUGAUGUUGAAGUGCGGUCUGUUGAUUGGUAAUGAGCAAGUAGGAGAUUUCAAAUUCAUUUCUUGGUUUUAUGGCCAGUCCAAACCUUAUGUACGUCAACAAAGUAAAAGCUACACGACAACUCAAACGUUGAGAGAAAAAUUGAAAACAAUCUUUCCUGACAUUGUCCAACCGUUUCAAGUGAUUGUCAUCGACGACUACGACGAUAAGAUAAUUCUGCCUGUUGACGACAUCAAGGAAACAGUUACCGCAUUACAAUGUUUCAGCUACCUGUCUAGCUUGCCAAUUCAAAUAUUUGUCAAGUUACCUGUCCAAAAGCAACCAUCGAAAGACAUACUCCGAGAUGAAGAACAUAAGGCUGGUAUUCCUUGCUGCGAAAAUAGCGGGUUGAAGAUUGUCGACACGCUAAAUCAACUAGAGAGAACUAUUCACACCCUGGGAGAGCGUAUCGUCACUCUUCUCGAAGAUCUUGGUAAAUCUUCUACGGCAGAUCCGAAACGAUCAGAAAAGGGAAACAAAUCGGCUGACGUGGCUCUAAAUGAAGAACAGCGGAACAUGGCCGUCUCACAAGAGUCCGCUUCACAAACGAAUCCCGAUGCUGAUACUUUCGGGAGUAGCGAUUCGCAGCGUUUCCGUUCGUCGACAUCGUCAUCCUCAUCCUCGUUUUCGGUUCAGAGCCAUUCCGGCGAGGAUGAUUGGACCCGAGUUGGUGGCGGGAUGAACGUUGGUGGUCGACGUCGACGUUUUACCACCGAAAGCAGUUGCGCUAGUCAUCAAUCGGAUCAUUCACAAGAUGGGGUCAUACGUUCCAUGGAGGAUGAAAUGAGUUCCAUUACGUUCGAUAUGCUGUGCAGAAAUCCUUAGAGUGAGACGAGAUUAGUCGACACGAAAAUACGCUUUUUGUUUACUUUGUGGACGAUGCAGCAUCUCAUAUGGCGGUUCAAGAAUUUUCCCAAAUUUAUGUUGUUCAAUAAAUUUUAUGAUUUCAA